ACCCAACAGCGCCGCCUCCGCUGGCGCCGAGUUCCUGGUCGGCCGGUCCGCGGGUGGCGCCGCCGCCCCUCCGCGCGGAGAGCCAUGGCCGAUUACUGGAAGUCUCAGCCCAAGAAAUUCUGUGAUUAUUGCAAGUGCUGGAUAGCAGACAACAAACCAAGCAUUGAUUUCCAUGAAAGAGGAAAGAACCAUAAGGAAAAUGUGGCAAAGAAAAUUAGUGAGAUUAAAAAGAAAAGCUUGGAAAAGGCAAAAGAAGAAGAAAAAAUGGCAAAGGAGUUUGCAGCAAUGGAGGAAGCUGCCACAAAGGCUUACCAAGAAGAUUUGAAAAGGCUCGGAAUUAAGGCAGAAUCUGUAGGACAGCCUUCAGUACCGAAAAAACAGGAAGAAAAGAAGGAGAAAAAAGAAAAGAAGAAAAAGGGAAAACAAACCAGGGGAAUUUCAUCCAAUGGAACAAAGGAAUGGGUGCAAGGAUUUUCUCCAGAAGGCUACACCUAUUAUUACAACACGAUAUCUGGAGAAUCACAGUGGGAGAAACCAGAAGGAUUUCGGGACACCUCUCAGAAUUCCCAAAAGGUAGCAGUCUGGAUAGAGGGAACGAGUGAUGCUGGUCGCACCUAUUAUUAUAAUAAGGAAACUGGAGUAUCAACAUGGGAGAAGCCUGAAGGUUUCAUAUGUCCUUCAAUAAAGAAUAACCCAGAUGAGAACCAUUCUGAAGAGGUCCGAGAAAUGGGUGCAGAAGAAGCCGAAUCAGAUGCUGGAAAGGGAGGCAGCAAAAAUGAAUUGCAAAAGCCAAAACAAGCUCUCCAGAGGAAAACAGACAGUGAUGAAGAAGUAGAAGAAAAGCCUCACAGACCCAAAAAGAUUAGCCCUUAUGGAGAAUGGCAAGAGGUGAAACAAGAUAAGAUUGACCGUGAGAAGAGCCCAUCUGUUCCACAAGAAACAUCACAGGCAUCAUCUCAAAAGGCCACGCCUUAUGGCAAAUGGGAGGAAAUCACUGAAGAAGAUCCAUAUGAGAACGUAGACUUGGAGCUUCCCAGCGCAGAGGGUGACAAUCUCCCAGCCCCGGCUUUAGAAGUACCAGAGGAUGCCAAAGUGAUCUUUAAAGAAAAAACCGUCACUUCUCUCGGUGACUCAUCGGAAGGGACGUCUGUCUUCAAAAAGCGGAAAUUUGAAAAUGGAAAAGCUCGAAACAUUCGACAGAGACUAAAUGAUCACUAACAUCUUAGCUGCACUCUCUUUCAGGAGAAGAAGCAAAAGGUUGUAGGGGGAAUGAACUAUUUUAAACCAUUUCUUUACAAGAUACAAUUGUAAAGACAUUCUUAGAGCUCAUUGUUUUUCAAAACUGUCUUGGGUGUAAAAUGUACAAAACAUUUUUUUCCAGGUGAUGUUAUUUCUGUUUUCUGGAAUUUUUUUUUCAAUUUGUGAGGUCAUGUAAAUAUAAUAUUUUUAAAUACCUCGUCAAGUGAGUUCAUUAUCUCUUAUAAAUCAGUAUAUUGUAGUGAAUCCUUUUCCAAGAAAAAUAAACACAGUAAUUACUUA